AUGUUGCAGUAUACUAAGAUCUACACAGACUGGGCCAAUCAUUAUCUAGCAAAAUCCGGCCACAAGCGUCUCAUCAAGGAUCUCCAGCAAGAUGUGACAGAUGGUGUCCUCCUGGCCCAGAUCAUCCAGGUUGUGGCAAAUGAAAAGAUUGAAGACAUCAAUGGCUGUCCGAAGAACAGGUCGCAAAUGAUUGAAAACAUAGAUGCCUGCUUGAAUUUCCUGGCAGCUAAGGGAAUAAACAUCCAGGGGCUGUCUGCAGAAGAGAUCAGGAAUGGAAACCUCAAGGCCAUCCUAGGCCUCUUCUUCAGCCUCUCCCGAUACAAGCAACAGCAGCAGCAGCCCCAGAAGCAACACCUCUCCUCUCCUCUGCCACCUGCUGUGUCCCAGGUGGCCGGGGCCCCCUCCCAGUGCCAGGCUGGCACUCCUCAGCCACAGGUGCCAGCCCCACCCCAAGCCCCGUGCCCGCCUCACCAGCCAGCGCCACAACCACAUCCGCAGGCAAAAGCACAAGCAGAAAUGCAGUCCAGACUCCCAGGUCCUACAGCAAGAGUGUCUGCUGCGGGGAGUGAGGCCAAAACACGAGCAGGGUCAGCUGCUGCCAACAACCGACGGAGCCAGAGCUUUAACAACUAUGAUAAGUCCAAGCCAGUCACCUCCCCACCCCCACCGUCAAGCUGCCAUGAGAAAGAGUCAUUGGCAAGCUCAGCCUCCUCCCACCUCGGCAUGAGCGAAAAUGCACCUGUUUCCUUGGAGAGCGGCAGCAGUUCCACCCCCACUAACUGCAGCACCUCCUCGGCCAUCCCGCUGCCCGGCUCGGCCUCCAAGCCCUGGCGCAGCAAGUCCCUCAGCGUGAAGCACAGUGCCACAGCGUCCAUGCUGUCCGUCAAGCCACCUGGGCCCGAGGCCCCCAGGCCUCCUCCUGAAGCCAUGAAGCCAGCCCCCAACAAUCAGAAGUCCAUGUUGGAGAAACUAAAACUUUUCAAUAGUAAAGGAGGCUCCAAGGCAGGUGAGGGCCCAGGGUCCCGGGACACGAGCUGCGAGCGGCUGGAGAUCCUGCCCAGCUUUGAGGAGAGCGAGGAGCUAGAGGCUGCUGGCCGCACACUGUCCGCAGUGGGACCUGCUUCCAGUAGCCCCAAGAUUGCGCUCAAGGGCAUUGCACAGAGGACUUUCAGCCGGGCGCUGACCAACAAGAAGAAUUCACCAAAAGGCAAUGAGAAAGAGAAGGAGAAACAACAGCGGGAGAAGGAAAAGGAGAAAGGCAAGGACCUCGCCAAGAGAGCCUCCGUGACUGAGCGGCUGGACCUCAAGGAGGAGCCGAAAGAAGACCCCAGUGCAGCCACCGUGACCGAGAUGCCAAAAAAGUCCUCCAAGAUCGCCAGCUUCAUCCCCAAAGGGGGGAAGCUCAACAGUGCCAAGAAGGAGCCCACGGCCCCUUCCCACAGUGGGAUACCAAAACCAGGAAUGAAGAGCAUGCCCGGGAAAGCCCCAAGUGCCCCAGCACCUUCCAAGGAAGGGGAGCGGAGGGGGAGUGCAAGGCCGAACUCGGGGCUCCCCCAGCAGAAGCCCCAGCUGGAUGGCAGACACUCUAGCUCUUCCUCCAGCCUGGCAUCCUCAGAAGGAAAAGGCCCAGGAGGAACCACCCUGAACCACAGCAUCAGCAGCCAGACGGUCAGCGGGUCCGUGGGGACCACCCAGACCACAGGAAGCAAUACCGUCAGUGUUCAGCUACCUCAGCCCCAGCAGCAAUACAACCAUCCCAACACUGCCACGGUCGCACCUUUCCUGUACAGGUCCCAGACAGACACGGAAGGGAAUGUUACUGCCGAGUCCAGCUCCGCGGGUGUGAGUAUGGAGCCCAGCCACUACACCAAGAGUGGACAGCCUGCUCUGGAAGAGCUCACUGGAGAAGAUCCCGAGGCUCGGCGGCUGCGGACAGUGAAGAACAUCGCUGAUCUGCGGCAGAAUUUGGAGGAAACCAUGUCUAGUUUACGGGGAACUCAGGUUACACACAGCACAUUAGAAACCACGUUUGACACCAAUGUCACCACGGAGAUCAGUGGGCGCAGCAUCCUCAGCUUGACAGGGAGGCCUACCCCUCUGUCCUGGCGCCUGGGCCAGUCCAGCCCUCGGCUCCAAGCAGGAGAUGCACCCUCGAUGGGCAAUGGGUACCCGCCUCGAGCCAAUGCCAGCCGGUUCAUCAACACCGAGUCCAGUCGCUAUGUGUACUCUGCCCCUCUGAGAAGGCAACUGGCCUCGAGGGGCAGCAGCAUCUGCCAUGUGGACGUCUCAGACAAGGCAGGAGAUGAGGUGGACCUGGAAGGCAUCAGCAUGGACGCCCCUGGCUACAUGAGUGACGGGGACGUUCUGAGCAAGAACAUCAGGGCUGAUGACAUUACCAGUGGGUAUAUGACUGAUGGUGGACUUGGCCUCUAUACCCGUCGCCUGAACCGGCUCCCUGAUGGGAUGGCUGUGGUGCGGGAGACCCUGCAACGAAAUACCUCCCUGGGCCUCGGAGACGCUGACAGCUGGGAUGACAGCAGCUCCGUCAGCAGUGGCAUCAGCGACACCAUAGACAACCUCAGCACUGAUGACAUCAACACCAGCUCCUCCAUCAGCUCCUACGCCAACACGCCUGCCUCCUCCCGCAAAAACCUGGACGCUCAGACUGAUGCUGAGAAACACUCGCAGGUGGAGAGGAAUCCCCUGUGGUCUGGCGAUGACGUCAAGAAAUCAGACGGAGGGUCAGACAGCGGCGUAAAGAUGGAGCCGGGUUCCAAGUGGAGGCGGAAUCCCUCUGACAUAUCUGAUGAGUCUGACAAGAGCACGUCCGGCAAGAAGAAUCCCGUCAUCUCCCAGACAGGCUCGUGGCGGCGAGGCAUGACAGCUCAGGUGGGCAUCACCAUGCCUAGGACAAAGCCAUCCGCCCCCGCAGGCACGCUGAAGACCCCAGGAACUGGAAAAACAGACGAUGCAAAGGUGUCUGAGAAAGGAAGGCUUUCUCCCAAAGCCUCCCAGGUGAAGCGCUCCCCAUCAGACGCAGGCCGCAGCAGUGGUGAUGAAUCAAAAAAGCCCCUCCCCAGCAGUACCAGGACGCCCACUGCCAAUGCCAACAGCUUUGGGUUCAAGAAGCAGAGUGGCUCAACUGCUGGUCUGGCUAUGAUCACAGCCAGCGGGGCCACUGUCACCAGCAGGUCAGCCACACUGGGCAAAAUCCCAAAGUCGUCUGCGCUUGUUGGUAGGUCUGCUGGCCGAAAGUCAAGCAUGGAUGGGGCUCAGAAUCAGGACGACGGGUAUCUGUCUCUCAGCUCUCGGACAAACCUACAGUAUCGGAGUUUGCCGAGGCCCAGUAAGUCCAACAGCCGGAAUGGGGCUGGGAACAGGUCUAGUACCAGCAGCAUAGAUUCCAACAUCAGCAGCAAGUCAGCAGGCCUGCCGGUGCCUAAGCUGAGGGAGCCUUCCAAGACAGCCCUAGGCAGCUCUCUGCCAGGUCUGGUCAACCAGACAGAUAAGGAGAAAGGCAUCUCAUCGGACAAUGAGAGUGUGACUUCCUGUAACUCAGUUAAAGUGAACCCUGCAGCCCAGCCUGUGUCCACCCCGGCUCAGGCCACUCUCCAGCCUGGGGCCAAGUACCCAGAUGUGGCCUCUCCCACACUCCGCAGACUCUUUGGUGGGAAGCCUACCAAGCAAGUGCCCAUCGCCACAGCUGAAAACAUGAAAAACUCAGUGGUCAUCUCCAAUCCUCAUGCCACCAUGACCCAGCAAGGUAACCUAGACUCCCCAUCAGGCAGUGGCAUCCUGAGCAGUGGGAGCAGCAGUCCUCUCUACAGUAAGAACGUGGACCUCAACCAGUCUCCUCUAGCCUCCAGCCCCAGCUCAGCUAACUCGGGCCCCUCCAACAGCCUCACCUGGGGCACCAACGCCAGCAGCUCCUCGGCAGUUAGCAAGGAAGGUCUGGGCUUCCAGUCUGUUAGCAGCCUCCACACCAGCUGUGAGUCCAUUGACAUCUCCCUCAGCAGUGGAGGGGGACUGAGCCACAAUUCCUCCACUGGCCUGAUCACCUCUUCUAAGGAUGACUCCCUGACUCCCUUUGUCAGAACCAACAGUGUGAAGACCACACUGUCAGAAAGCCCUCUCUCUUCCCCUGCUGCUAGCCCUAAGUUCUGCAGAAGUACUCUGCCCAGGAAACAGGACAGUGACCCGCACCUUGAUAGGAACACUUUGCCUAAGAAAGGACUCAGGUAUACUCCCACCUCCCAGCUUCGCACACAAGAAGACGCAAAAGAAUGGUUACGGUCCCACUCUGCCGGGGGCCUGCAGGACACUGCUGCAAAUUCCCCUUUUUCUUCUGGCUCCAGUGUAACUUCUCCCUCUGGAACAAGGUUCAACUUUUCCCAGCUUGCGAGUCCCACCACUGUCACCCAGAUGAGCUUGUCCAACCCGGCCAUGCUGAGGACCCACAGCCUGUCCAAUGCUGACGGGCAAUACGAUCCCUACACUGACAGCCGCUUCCGGAACAGCUCCAUGUCCCUGGAUGAGAAGAGCAGAACCAUGAGCCGUUCGGGUUCAUUCCGGGACGGUUUUGAAGAAGUUCACGGAUCCUCACUCUCCUUGGUUUCCAGCACAUCAUCAAUUUAUUCUACACCCGAAGAAAAAUGCCAGUCAGAGAUUCGUAAAUUGCGGCGGGAACUAGAUGCCUCCCAGGAGAAGGUUUCAGCGUUGACCACCCAGCUGACAGCAAAUGCUCAUCUCGUGGCAGCCUUUGAACAGAGUCUUGGAAACAUGACAAUCAGGCUCCAGAGUUUGACCAUGACAGCUGAGCAGAAGGAUUCAGAACUGAAUGAGUUAAGAAAAACCAUUGAGCUGCUAAAGAAACAGAACGCAGCUGCCCAGGCUGCCAUAAAUGGAGUAAUUAACACACCGGAGCUCAAUUGCAAAGGAAACGGCCCAGCCCAGUCUGCAGACCUCCGCAUCCGCAGGCAGCACUCUUCCGACAGCGUCUCCAGCAUCAACAGCGCCACCAGCCACUCCAGCGUGGGCAGCAACAUAGAGAGUGACUCGAAGAAAAAGAAGAGGAAGAACUGGUUACGCAGCUCCUUCAAGCAAGCUUUCGGGAAGAAGAAGUCCCCCAAGUCAGCAUCCUCUCAUUCAGACAUUGAAGAGAUGACAGAUUCCUCUUUGCCUUCCUCACCAAAGUUACCACACAACGGGUCCACGGGUUCCACUCCGCUGCUGAGGAAUUCUCACUCCAACUCUCUGAUUUCAGAGUGCAUGGACAGCGAGGCUGAGACAGUCAUGCAGCUCCGAAAUGAGCUGAGAGACAAGGAGAUGAAGCUGACGGACAUCCGCCUGGAAGCCCUCAGCUCUGCCCACCAGCUCGACCAGCUUCGGGAGGCCAUGAACAGGAUGCAGAGUGAAAUAGAGAAGUUAAAAGCUGAGAAUGACCGGCUGAAGUCGGAGUCUCAAGGCAGUGGCUGCAGCCGGGCCCCUUCCCAGGUGUCUAUCUCCGCCUCCCCAAGGCAGUCCAUGGGGUUCUCCCAGCACAGCCUGAACCUCACUGAGUCAACCAGCCUGGACAUGUUGCUGGAUGACACUGGUGAAUGCUCGGCUCGGAAGGAAGGAGGCAGGCAUGUUAAGAUAGUUGUCAGCUUUCAGGAGGAAAUGAAGUGGAAGGAGGAUUCCAGACCACAUGUCUUUCUCAUUGGCUGCAUUGGAGUUAGUGGCAAGACGAAGUGGGAUGUGCUCGAUGGGGUGGUUAGACGGCUGUUCAAAGAAUACAUCAUUCACGUCGACCCAGUGAGUCAGCUCGGGCUGAAUUCUGACAGCGUGCUCGGCUACAGCAUUGGGGAAGUAAAGCGCAGCAACACCUCCGAAACGCCCGAGCUGCUGCCCUGUGGCUAUCUGGUGGGGGAGAACACAACCAUCUCUGUGACCGUCAAAGGGCUCGCGGAAAACAGCCUGGACUCGCUGGUGUUUGAGUCCCUGAUUCCAAAGCCCAUCCUGCAGCGCUACGUCUCCCUGUUGGGGGAGCACCGGCGGAUCAUCCUCUCCGGCCCCAGCGGCACCGGGAAGACCUACCUGGCAAACCGACUGUCAGAGUAUAUGGUGCUUCGAGAGGGACGAGAGUUGACCGACGGGGUAAUUGCCACUUUUAAUGUGGACCACAAGUCCAGCAAGGAAUUGCGCCAGUACCUGUCCAAUCUUGCCGAUCAGUGCAACAGUGAGAACAACGCUGUGGACAUGCCCCUGGUCAUCAUCCUGGACAACCUGCACCACGUCAGCUCGCUGGGCGAGAUCUUCAAUGGGCUGCUCAACUGCAAGUACCACAAAUGCCCUUACAUAAUUGGCACAAUGAACCAGGCUACCUCUUCUACCCCCAACCUGCAGCUCCAUCAUAACUUCAGGUGGGUGCUUUGUGCCAACCACACGGAGCCCGUGAAGGGUUUUCUGGGCCGCUUCCUGAGGAGGAAGCUCAUGGAAACGGAGAUCAGUGGGCGGGUGCGGAAUGUGGAGCUGGUGAAAAUCAUUGACUGGAUUCCCAAGGUCUGGCAUCACCUCAACCGCUUCCUGGAGGCUCACAGCUCUUCAGAUGUCACCAUCGGCCCCCGGCUCUUCCUGUCGUGCCCCAUUGACGUGGAUGGCUCAAGAGUGUGGUUCACUGACUUAUGGAACUACUCCAUCAUCCCCUAUCUCCUAGAAGCCGUCCGAGAAGGACUCCAGCUCUAUGGACGGCGCACCCCGUGGGAGGAUCCCGCCAAGUGGGUGAUGGACACCUAUCCGUGGGCAGCCAGCCCGCAGCAGCACGAGUGGCCUCCCCUCCUGCAGCUACGGCCUGAGGAUGUCGGCUUUGAUGGCUACUCCAUGCCUCGGGAGGGGUCAACAAGCAAACAAGUGCCCCCCAGUGAUGCUGAAGGAGACCCGCUGAUGAACAUGCUGAUGAGACUCCAGGAGGCAGCCAACUACUCCAGCCCCCAGAGCUAUGACAGCGACUCCAACAGUAACAGCCAUCACGACGACAUCCUGGACUCAUCCUUAGAGUCGACCCUGUGACGGGGGCCAGCCGUGGAGCCUGCCCCCCUUCUCCCUGCCCCAUUCCACCUGCACCCCCCACAUCGUCCUGAAGAUGACUUCCUGAGCCAGCCCCCGGCCGCAGCCCCAGCGCUGCAGGGAUACCAAGGGCCCUGUCCGUCAGCCUCCACCUGGGUGCAGGCGUCCCAGGCCACCGCCUGGGCGCCGCUGCCCCCCACAGUGAGACCUGCACUACCUUCUGUUUUACUUUAAUUAUUGUUUUUGCCUUGUUGCUGUGACCUCCCUAAGACACUGAAGAUACUUCUCGGGAAACGACCAUCACCGUUGAAAUGAAAAGAAAAAAAAUCAAUAAAGAGAACCCCCCAUGAAGCUCUGAAACCAGACAGCACCCUGGCCUGAGCUGCCCAGAGACAGAAGAGCAUGGAGCAGCGGGGGAGACGCAGACAGCGGGGCCUCCCCUGGGCACAGACCCUGGUCGCACAGCCACGCCACCCCACUCUCGACGUCACUGAGGGAACUGGUGCUAACCCCGGCGCUGGCUUUGGUCCACUCAACACACCGCAGAGCUACCACGCAGGGAAACCUUAGGAGAAAAGAAAUCGUGCUUUAUCGUUUUUCUAAAUGGUGCUCUCCUGACCCGAGAGGUAUUUUGCCUGUACUAAUUCGACCACCCCUGUCAGGCCCCUCAGCCCCCGGCGAAUCCACAAGAGAGUGAAGGCGCGAGCAUGGCAGCGAGUGGGUCGGUCUAAGUGCAGGGCGGCAUGCAUCUCUGUCCUUAUUAGAUAUAAAUGAAUCAGGUUUUUUUUUCUUUCUGCCAACACUGUGUGUAGUGAGAAUUGUUCUACUUUGGAGAACUGAUUACCCCUUUAAAAUGAGGUUGAGUUUCUGUCUUUCCGAUGCAUUGAUUUUGGGGGGAAGAUUUUUCUCCUCCCUCCUCCUCCUCCUGGUCAGAGUCAAUCCUUUGGUGAAAGUGAGAGCCGCAGGAGUUGAGUUUCGGUUUGGUCCUGCUCCGUUUCGGUUUUUCCUCCUCCAUCCUCACCGUCCGACACGCGCGCCUCCUCCUGCUGGGGCUGGGGACAUUUGCGUCCCUCGCAGCGGGUGAGGACCCAGCCCUCGACACGUGGGUGAGCCAUGGACCUUGCCUUUCCUCCUUGUCUUGAGGGUUGAAAACACACGUCGACCCCUCAGGCAUCCCAGCCCCAGCCCCAGGCGGGGUGAUGAGGUCCCCUCACAGCAGACUUGCACUUUUCCUCAGAACCAACGUGACGUGACGCAGCUCAGCAAGGGUGGGGUGGCCGCCGCCCCCCGGAGCCCCGUCUGGACAAGCCUUGCCUGACCUCUUUGGUGCUGCCCUUCCCAAAGUGAUGCCUUACUGGUUUUGUACUAACCGUGUUCAUUUCCAUGAGUGUCGUCUCUGCCGGGUUUUGGGUUCCUUUCUUCCUUUUAUUCCCCCCCCCCCAUCAAAACAAACAGGGCUAAAAAGUUCAUUAGCAGAACUCAAGUUGCUGUGACUUUUCUCAUCCAAGAGAUUCAUCUGUGUGGGUGCAUGACCAUGGGAAAAAGAAAAAGGAAAAAAAAAUCCAUUUUUUAGGUUCUUAUCAGUCUCCAACUAACGACCUGACUGGACGAUGAUCUGCCUCAUGCGGGAAAGGCAAAUGUUCCUACGUGACACUGCUGGGACUUGCCCUCGUAGAAACCCAGUCUGCGUCUUCAACGUACUGGUGUUUUCUUUCAGAAGCGUGGUAAAUCUUUUGAGUUGUUCAUUUCUGUUUUAUAAGGAGAGUUUCUAUCAGACCCCAGCGAGGGCGUCUGUGUUAAUUAAUCAGGGUUUUUAAUUCCAUCUUCUGCAUUUCCAUUUCUGAAGGUUUGCCUCUAGGCAUUUUGUUUGUUUGUUUGUUUGUUUUCUUACCACGAGAGUUUGACCCGAAACUGCUCACGUCACUGUGGAUGACACGGUGUUCCUCCUCUUCAGUGGGAGCGGGGAGAUGUGUCCCACUAACUGGUUUCAACAUGACCCUUGCUUUAAUCUCAGCAAACUCAGAUGAUCCUGCAUAGCCUUCGUUAAUCAUCCAGGUGUGAGUGUGUCUCGUUCCGUUUUUGUUUUUAAUAAAACUUCGAAACCAUGUGUUUAGCCUGUGACCAGGGGGCCAAGCCCUGAGACUUCUGGUAAACCUGAAGGGCAGCCCUUAUCAGACCAUUUGUCUCCCAGCAAUGACCUUAUACUCCAGUACUGUGAAUUUGGGAGGAGGUAAAAGGGAUUCCUCCCGGUGGGCAGUUUUCCCAGUCCCCUAGUGAGUAGACACCUGCCAAUAGCAUUUGGAACCUUUUUGAUUUGUUCCGUGACAUCCUCUCUUCUCCCCUGUCCUGCAGACUUCCCUCCCACUGGGUCCAGGCUCAGACCCGAGACCUCUGUGCCUGGCGCAGCCUGACCGGUGAACGGUGGUUUCAAGUUGCGUAGCCCUCGUAUGAGUCACAACUCAGUGUCCUUCCUAACGUUUCGGGAAGCAGGGUUGUCUCACGUGCCCAUCACUCGUGUCAGUCAUAUUUUUACGUUCGUGUCACUCACAUCUGGCAAAGUGACUUUGUACUCAUUUAGGGCUUUGUCUGAAAUGCUUCCAUUUUGCCUUUUUCUACAGUUAGGCUAAUUUUGAAAUGUAUGAAAUUCUAUGCAACAUAAAUGUGGAGUUGAUAAUGGAAGCCAAAAGUUUUCUUCCCAAACUGCCAAGAAUUAUACAGGCCAUAAAUGAGUGGGAAUACCUUUUCAUUUAAGGUUGGUUGGGGUG